AAAUUGACAUCAAUCGUUGAUCAAAUCGAAAAGCUAACCUUAUUGGAAGCAGCAGAAUUAGUCGCUCAAUUAAAGGAAAGACUGAAUAUUCAAGAUAUCGCAAUGCCUUCCGCCAGUGCUGGUCCUGUUGCUGCCGCUCCAGCUGCUGAAGCCGCACCUGUAGAAGAAGAGAAGCCAAAGGAAAAAUCUUUGUUUACUGUGAAAUUAAAGGGAUUGAAAGAUGCAACUGCAAAGGCUAAAGUGAUCAAAGAGAUUAAAGCAUUAAACUCAAAUAUGAACCUUGUCGAAGCAAAGAAGUUUGUCGAAAGUGCUCCUCAAGUUCUCAAAGAAGGAUUGACAAAGGAAGAAGCUGAGAAACUACAAAAAGCAAUCGAAGCAGCUGGUGGUCUCACAGAGACAGAGUAA